CUGCUGGACGUAACAAGCGCGACCUGGAGGUGGUAGAAAUGUUAAGCGACGAGGAACAAACUCCGAAAAAGCCCAAGGUGGAAUCGAUACUGGACGAUAUAAAUCUGGACAACAUUGAGAGUCGCAUCAAGGUGCACACGAUACAGUCGCCGGAAGCGUGUACGCACGAGGUGGCCGUCUAUCCGGACCAGAAGUACAUGCCACUUAAACCCGCUACCGGCAAACCGGCCAAAGAGUACGCAUUCGUAUUGGAUCCGUUCCAGAAGGAGGCAAUCCUAUGCAUCGAAAACAGUCAAUCCGUGCUGGUGUCCGCGCAUACGUCCGCCGGUAAGACCGUGGUGGCGGAAUAUGCCAUCGCGAAAUCGUUAGCGGACAAGCAGCGAGUCAUCUACACCACACCGAUUAAAGCGCUCUCGAACCAGAAGUAUCGUGAAUUUCACGAAGAGUUUAAAGAUGUCGGGUUGGUGACGGGUGAUGUGACGAUCAAUCCGAGCGCAUCCUGUCUGAUUAUGACGACGGAAAUUCUGCGCAACAUGCUGUACCGAGGGUCGGAGAUUAUGCGUGAGGUCGGUUGGGUUGUAUUUGACGAGAUUCACUACAUGCGCGAUAAGGAGCGUGGUGUGGUGUGGGAAGAAACGCUUAUCCUGCUGCCGGACAACGUGCACUACGUGUUCCUGUCGGCGACGAUUCCUAAUGCGCGUCAGUUUGCGGAAUGGGUUUGCCAUCUGCACAAACAACCGUGCCAUGUGGUGUAUACGGAUUAUCGACCAACACCGUUGCAGCACUAUCUGUUCCCUGCUGGUGGUGAUGGCAUUCAUCUGGUGGUGGAUGAACGGGGCCAGUUUAAGGAGGAUAAUUUUAACACGGCAAUGAACGUGCUGCAGACGGCUGGAGAGGCGGCUAAAGGUGAUCAGAAGGGUCGGAAGGGUGGCCUGAAAGCGUCCAACCAGGGUGAGACGAACAUUUUCAAGAUUGUAAAGAUGAUCAUGGAGCGGAACUUUGCGCCGGUCAUUAUAUUCUCGUUCAGCAAGAAGGACUGUGAGGUUUACGCGAUGCAGAUGGCAAAGUUGGACUUUAAUUCUACGAUGGAGAAGAAACUGGUCGAUGAAGUGUUUAAUAAUGCGAUGGAUGUGCUAACGGAAGAGGAUCGUCAGCUACCGCAGGUCGAGAACGUGCUACCUCUAUUGCGGCGUGGAAUCGGCAUUCAUCAUGGUGGAUUGCUACCCAUUCUCAAGGAAACGAUCGAGAUCCUAUUCGGGGAAGGUUUGAUUAAGGCGCUGUUUGCGACGGAAACGUUUGCGAUGGGACUAAACAUGCCGGCCCGUACGGUACUCUUCACCAGUCCGCGAAAGUUCGACGGCAAAGACUUCCGUUGGGUAACGUCCGGUGAAUACAUUCAAAUGUCGGGACGUGCCGGUCGGCGUGGUUUAGACGACAAAGGUAUCGUUAUCCUGAUGAUCGAUGAAGCCGUCUCACCGAUGGUUGGCAAGGACAUCGUGCAGGGGAGACCAGAUCCGAUCAAUUCCGCAUUUCACCUGACGUACAAUAUGGUGCUGAACUUGCUGCGUGUCGAAGAGAUCAAUCCGGAGUACAUGCUGGAACGAUCGUUCUUCCAGUUUCAGAACCAAUCCUCCAUACCGGAGAUUUAUAAGCGUGUCCAGCGGAAACAAAAGCAACUGCUGGCGGUAGAAAUUAAGGACGAACAGUCGAUCGUUUCGUACCAUCACAUUCGCGAACAGUUGGAUCGACUUGGCCAGGAGUUCCGGGAGUAUAUGACGCGACCCGUUUAUUUGGUCCCUUUCCUGCAGCCGGGUCGCAUGAUAAAGAUCCAAUCGGAUGCGGGAGAGUUCGAGUGGGGCAUCAUAGUGAACUUCAAGAAGGAAAAUGCAGACUCGAAGCAAAAUCCACUUAAAACCGAGCAGAAGGUAGUGAUCGAUGUGUUGCUCCACGUGGCGGAUGGAUUCGAGAAGGAAGGCAUCCCGAAACCAUGUCCAGCGGGAAAGCGUGGAUCGGUAGAGGUAGUUCCCGUGCUGCAUAAGCUUGUAUCACGCAUCAGCUCGCUGCGUGUUUACUACCCGAAUGAUCUGCGUCCGGCGGAUAAUCGUCGAUCGGUGCUGAAGACGAUCGAGGAAGUGAAGAAGCGAUUUCCGCAGGGCCCUCCACUGCUAAACCCGAUCACCGAUAUGCACAUUCAGGAGAAAGAAUUCCAAGGAAUCGUCGAGAUGAUCGACAAGUUUGAGAAGCGUCUGUUUGCUCACCCGCUGCACGAAUCGUCCGGUCUUGAACGAUUGUACUCUCAGUACAUGAACAAGCUAGAGUUGGAAAAGGAACUACGGAACGAGAAGAACGCACUUCGCGAAGCACGCAGUCUAUUGCAGAUGAGUGAGUUGAAGCACCGGAAGCGUGUACUUCGCCGUCUCGGGUACUGCACCACAGCCGAUGUGAUUGAGUUUAAGGGUCGAGUAGCUUGCGAGCUAAGCUGCGCGGACGAGCUACUCAUCACGGAGAUGGUGUUUAAUGGUACGUUUACGGACCUAACGCCGGCCCAAUCGUGCGCAUUGCUAAGCUGUUUCGUGUGCGACGAAAAGAGCAGUGAAAUGCCGGCGGCAACGCAGGAACUGUCUGGGCCGUUGCGUCAAAUGCAGGAUUUAGCACGCCGGAUAGCGAAGGUGUCGAACGAGUGUAAGGUGGAGGUGGACGAGGAACGGUACGUCGAUUCUUUUAAACCGUUCUUGAUGGAUGUGGUGUUGUGCUGGUGUAAGGGUGCCUCGUUUGCGCAACUCUGCAAGAUGACGGACAUUUUCGAGGGGUCUAUUAUUCGGUGUAUGCGUCGGCUGGAGGAACUGCUGCGGCAGAUGGUACAGGCAUCGAAAACGAUCGGUAACACGGAUCUAGAGAAUAAGUUCUCCGAAGCGAUCCGGUUGCUGAAGCGUGAUAUCGUGUUUGCUGCGUCACUUUACUUGUAAGGG